ACAAAAGGUAGACGCGUAACUGGAGCUGUUGUGUGGUAUCUGCUCCUGAUAUCGAAAUUUGUUUGCUUGAGAAUAGUACGAAGCUCUUGAAGUUUGAACUACCUGUAUGUGGAAAGAGUCCUUGUCCUUGAAAGGGUAUACUUGAAGUCCAGUUGGAAAGGGUAUACUUGAAGUCCAGUUUUUUUAAUCCAGGAGUGGAUUAUGUUUUGGAAAAAAAUGGCUGCAGGCACUGAUUAUCCACAUCCACUUUCCAUGUUGGAUGGCAGUUUGAGAAAGGAGAAUGUUAUUGUUACAAGAGACGAGAAAUCAAGUACUUUUGAGAACUUAAAGCAACCGAGCGUUGGCAAACCUCCUCGGCACCUCGCAGCUAUUAGGUAUUGUGUUAGCACUGCCCAGUUGGCUCCUGCACCUGAAGUGGAGUUGGAUAUUGAGAUUGUUAAUUCAAAGUCCCCAUCAAAUGGUAACUCAGCUUUUGUACCUGUUUUUCGCUCUGGAAGCUGCGCUGAGAUUGGAUCAAAACCAUUUAUGGAGGAUGAGCAUGUCCGUAUAGACAAUAUACUUGAUCAUCUAGGUGCAACUGAGAACUUCACUUCUCCAGGAGCAUUCUACGGGGUUUUUGAUGGCCAUGGUGGUACUGAUGCAGCUUCUUUUGUUAGAGAGAACAUUUUAAGGUUUAUAGUUGAGGACCCGGAUUUUCCCUUCUGUACUAAGAAGGCUAUUAAGAGCGCUUUCCUAAACGCUGACCUUGCUUUUGCUGAUACCGGUAGUCUUGAUAGUUCUUCUGGUACCACUGUACUUACUGCCCUCAUUUCUGGAAGGACGAUGUUAAUUGCGAAUGCUGGGGAUUGCCGAGCUGUGCUGGGAAGAAGAGGUAGGGCAGUGGAGCUUUCCAAAGACCAUAAACCCAAUUGCGCCUCAGAAAGAAUAAGAAUUGAGAAACUGGGAGGUGUGGUGUACGAUGGCUACCUCAAUGGUCAAUUAUCGGUUGCACGAGCUCUUGGGGACUGGCACAUGAAAGGCUCUAAAGGAUCCUUGUGUCCCUUGAGCGCAGAGCCGGAGCUUGAGGAGACGAUUCUAAGCGAGGAAGACGAAUUCUUGAUCCUAGGCUGUGACGGGCUGUGGGAUGUGAUGAGCAGCCAGUGUGCAGUCACAAUCGCAAGGAAAGAACUAAUGAUUCACAAUGAUCCCGAGAGAUGCUCAAGAGAGCUGGUUCGGGAGGCACUCAAGCGCAACACGUGCGAUAACCUGACGGUGGUUGUGGUAUGCUUCUCGCCAGAUCCACCCCCGUUGCUUGAGAUCCCAAAGUUAAAAUUCAAGAGGAGUAUAUCGACGGAAGGCCUGAACCUUCUGCAGGAGGAACUAGAUGGUAAAUCAUGAUUAGAUUAGAUGUUCGAUCAAUCACAGUUUGAGGAUGAUAUUGAAUGAUCAGUUUUCUUUUUUCUCUUUUAUUUAUUUAUCCAGAAUUGCCAUCAAACAGCCAACCAUUUCUUGUUUUGAUCCGUCUUACGAUCCAAACAUUUCUGUUGGCUUUUGAUUGAAAUUUGUUGUACAUAAUAAUAUAGCAAUAAAUCAGGUUUUUUUUUUUUUUUU